AGGUACUCUCAUUCCUUGCUACAGGGCCCAGACAAAAUGAUAGCAUUUUCUAUGAAAUUCGCAUAUAUGAUAUUAAGCCAUCAAAGAUGAAGGAGUUUGUGGAACUGGUCAACAAGUACUUUUACCUUCGCAAAGCUCACUCGGAGCUGGUGGGAUUCUGGUCUGCGGAGCUGGGAGCGAUGAAUAAGGUGGUCCAUAUUUGGAAGUACGAUAAUUUUGCCCACAGAACAUCAGUCCGGCAUGCACUAGCCAAUGACAAAGAAUGGCAAGGAAAAUUUAUCUCCCCAGCUCUCCCCUUGAUAGAAAAGCAGCACAAUGAGGUUGCUUAUCUGGUACCCUGGUGUCAACUUGGGAAGCCACCAAAAGAAGGGGGUGUGUAUGAGUGGGUUACUUUCCAGAUGAAGCCUGGUGGGCCAGCAUUGUGGGGUGAGGCAUUUCAAGCUGCAAUCAAUGCUCACAUCAACACAGGGUACACCAAACUGAUUGGUGUUUUCCACACAGAGUAUGGAUUACUUAACACAGUCCAUGUGAUUUGGUGGAACGAGAGCCCAGAUCAUCGGGCGGCUGGAAGGCACAGUGCCCAUGAAGAUGCCAGAGUUGUUGCAGCUGUGCGGGACAGUGUCAGAUUCUUGGAUUCCCAGCAAAAUAUGCUCCUGAUCCCUCUGCAGUGCUCACCACUGAAGUAAACUUAUUCUAAAGGAUGUAACUGAUGGCAAAAAAGACAAGAUGGAACCUGUCAGCAAGUGCCAUCACAUGGAUCAUGAUACCCUCAUGAACUAAGCUGUUUUUCAGUUUACAAUAAAUGGUUGAAAAAUGCUAAUUGCCAGCAGUAUAAAUUGCAAAAUUUUGUGCCCUCAUAGCAUUUGCCUUAAGUAUUUUAAUAUUUGUUUAGGUUCUGAAGUUGACUAGCCCUUUUUCAAUUGUGUAGUCAAACUUGGCUGAUCUGCAUGUGCUUACAUUCUUUGAAAUACUUUUUGCCAGACUGUUAAAAGCCAAAUAAAUUUGUACGAAGCAUGAAUUUUUAGUGUUUACAGCUCGAGCUUACCAUUUUUAAACUGAAAUGCUAAACCACAUUCUUUACAUCAUUUUGCAGGUCUUGUAUUUUGGUCAGCAGCAGUCUUGAUAAUAGUUGUUUUAGAGACAGUAAACUACAGUGAGUAUCAGUGGGGUAGAGGGAAUAUGGGCUGAUAAAUCAAACUUGUAUUUUUGUGUACAGUGAUACAGAGCACCCUCUUCUGCAGUUUAAGGGUCACUAUCUGGCAGAGCAUUCAGGAAGCUUUUCCACAGGUUAAUCACUAGCCUGCAAUGACCAACCGAUUUCACUUCUCUGCUCAAGUAUCUUUGUGCAGUCUGCCUCAUGAUUACUGCUUCUGUAAAGUGCAUUAAGAUUUCAUGGAAAGCACUAAAAAAACAGCUCUAGGCAAUUAUGCUAUGUCCAAGGUGGGUGAAUAGGAUCCAGCUGCUGUCGUUAUGGGAGGAUAACAGGUCCCAGCUCCUAUACCCAGGUCUUCAUACUAUUCUCCCUCCAACAAACCUGUCUUCAGCUUUCUCAGCCUGGAACAAGAACUGCUUCAGAGACCACUGUCUUUUAUUUUACAAAGCAACUUUCUAAGGUAUAAAUGGCUGAUAAACCAUCACUACCAAGUUGAUUCAGAGUAUUGCCUUAUGGCAGUCAACUCAGAGUACUUAUUUUUAUAAAUAAAAACAUGGGCUGAAAAAUGGGACUGGGAAUUAAUAGGACUUCUUUUUUUUUUUCUCCUC